CAACAUAAAAUACAUACAAGCUGUACAAAUGUCCUACGAAAAUAUAUCCUAGUUUUGUGUUUUUAAAGGGCCCGGCCUGCGACCGCUGGCUAGCAAGAACAUCGUCCAUCCCCAAAACAACCUCCACACACAGGCAUCUUGUGACAUCACAUAAGCAUGUGAUUUUUCUAAAUUUCCACGGAAACUGUGGGUUGAAGUUCAGGAGCUGUCACCCGGAGGAAGCCUGGCCGGAAAUCGCCUUGGACUGCUAAGCAUUUUUUUUCUUCCUGUGUUCAUAGAUGCAAAGAUCUGCUGCAGAUGACCACAUGUGAAGCUUGUCCUGAGUUGUGAGUCAGAAGAGAAGAGGCUGGGCCGAUGACAAGCAUGACAAUGAGCCAAGCCACAGAUGCAUGCCCACUCUAAAGCACCAACUAAGCGGCAUCCCCUCUGCUUCCCGGCUUUCACCCGGCCUCACAGAGGGGGGUGUCGACGGGGCGUAGCUAGUCUCCUGCAACCCCUACGUAGAGCCUCGCUGUGAAACUGGAGGGGUCUGAUGGAUCAGGGUAGUAGUGAGCAGAGUCCAGAGGAGCCGGACGCAGGAGGCCGAGCGGAGCUGGAUGUUGGCAGGAGGGCGUCUGAGUCAGAACACGGCUUGUCCAAAAUCACCCAUAAUGCCCUGGAGAACAUGGGAGCGUUGGGGCAUGGCCUGAAGCAGUUCUUCCAGCCACAGCGCCGACGCUCCUCCGUUUCCCCACAUGACUCCGCCCCAGCCUGCGCGAGCGCCGCUCCCUCCGAGCCUGCCGAUGUAGGGUCAGAAGUAGGGGACGCUUCUGGCUCCUUGGCCCCUUCCUUGGAUUCUGACAAUCCUGCCGCUUCCGCCCCUCCCGCAGCUCUGAGCCGGGUUUUGCAGCAGAUCCGAGGUCCACCCAUUAUGAAGCGAGGCACCAGCCUGCAGAGCCGGCGCAGCAAAGCAGGGAGCUCUGGGGAACCUCCUCAGAAAGGGAGCCCGCAGAUCCAUCGGCGGAGCACUCAUGAGGCCCUGCUGCUGGCUGGACGCCCACGUUCCUCCUCAACCACAGACACACCCAGCAGUCCUGCCCUGGUGGACGUGCUACUGACCUCUGGGUACCACUCUACUGAAGAACCUGACAAGUCGGAUCGGUACGAUGGAUCAGGCCCUGCUGUGUCACCCAACGCCCUGCCCUACGGUGCCGAGGGGUAUGACAUGGUCGACAGUACACCGGACCCCCAGCGCACCAAGCAGGUCAUUGCCCAGCUGCAGCAGAAGAUUCUGAAGCUCACAGAACAAAUCAAGAUCGAACAAACCGCUCGUGACGACAAUGUGGCAGAGUACCUGAAGCUCGCCAACAACGCAGACAAACAGCAAAGUGCACGCAUCAAACAGGUGUUUGAGAAGAAGAACCAAAAGUCUGCUCAGACCAUCCAGCAGCUACAGAGGAAGCUCGAGCACUACCACCGAAAACUCAGAGAGGUGGAGCACAACGGCAUCCCUCGCCAGCCCAAAGAUGUCUUUCGAGACAUGCACCAGGGUCUGAAAGGUGUUGGAGCCAAGGUAACAGGGGGGCUAUCCAGCUUCUCUCAAGCUACUCAUUCUGCUGCUGGAGCCGUGGUGUCCAAGCCAAGAGAAAUUGCUUCCCUCAUCCGCAACAAGUUUGGGAGUGCCGACAACAUUGCAGCUCUGAAAGACUCGUUGGAAGAAACGCAAGGAGAAGAGGGCGGUUGUCCAGGGGCGUCACGGCCUCUUGGAACAGGACAGUUUCAAUCCAGCCCCAGAUACGGCAGCGAGGACGACUGCUCGAGCGCUACUUCUGGGUCUGCCGGAGCUAACAGCACCCCAGGGGCCCCGGGUGGCCCCCCUAGCUCCAGGGACAAUACUCUGGAUAAUGCACAAGGCUCGGGAUUUGAAGCUUUACUCCAUGAGAUUCAUGAUCUCCGGGACAACCAGGGUCGACUGGAGGAGUCCUUUGAAAACUUAAGAUCCCACUAUCAGCGGGAUUACACCAUGAUCAUGGAGGCCCUGCAGGAAGAACGAUACCGGUGUGAACGGCUAGAAGAACAACUCAAUGACUUGACAGAACUACACCAGAAUGAAAUCCUGAACCUAAAACAGGAACUAGCAAGCAUGGAGGAGAAGAUUGCCUACCAGUCUUAUGAAAGAGCACGAGACAUACAGGAAGCGCUGGAGGCUUGUCAGACGCGCAUAUCCAAGAUGGAGCUUCAGCAGCAGCAGCAGCAGGUGGUGCAGCUGGAGGGCCUGGAGAACGCCACUGCACGGACUCUUCUCGGAAAGCUAAUCAAUGUACUUCUGGCCGUCAUGGCUGUCCUUCUGGUGUUUGUGUCCACCGUGGCCAACUGUGUUGUCCCCUUGAUGAAAACACGCAGCCGCACGCUCUCCACGGUGCUCCUGGUGAUCCUGCUCGCCUUCCUCUGGAGGCACUGGGAGGCUAUUUCAGAGUCUCUGCAUCACUUCCUGCUAAACCCCAGAUGACCUACUGGGAGAAACUAAUCUUACCGAAGAAAGAGACUGAGGCUUGAAGAUCAACAAUUAAAGGGAAGACGUAUAUACAAAAGGUUGUGUCUUAUUGUCCGGUUCUUGAUCAUACUUUCUCUUAAAACACUCAGGAGUGUAACAGAGGUUUGUCACUUUACCACUUUGUGAACUUUGUAUCUGGUAGAUUAAAAUCAAGAACGGGGAGAUAAAACGCUGGCAGGUUUGUCAUGGACUUUCUAUCACAGGUGCAAUGUUGGCACAAGCACACGCUGUCAGGGCGUAUUUGAAGGCGGGGCUGAGAGAACUGCACACUGGAUUUCUCUCUUCUGAGUGAAUUUGUUUACAAGUGGAAAACCUUGCAUUGUUUUUCACCUUAGAUUUUAUCUGUAGUUUAUUCAAAUGGUAUUGUUUUGAAUUCACUGCUAUUUUUAAUACAAUUUGAUCAGUUUUCUUUUUAUCUGUAAGGAGCUGUCUGUUCUGCAGUUUUUUUAUUUUUUUUAUUUUUUUUGGUCUUGUGAUUAUGUAUUUUUUUAAAUUGACUUUUCCCCUCUUUCUCAUCAUAUCUGCAUUUCAGCUUAUGUAACCAAGUCCUCCUGCUAGAUCACUAAAGAUCAGGUGCCUGCAAAUCUGCAUCAUUGCUCUGAGAUCACAUUUGUUGCUGACUCAAAUAGCUUUGGGUUGUCAAAAUGUUUCCUUUUGGAUUCGUGGAGUCGAUCACACUGGUUAUACCACAAACGGGAUGCUACUAUCAGGAGAUUUGACCCCCUCCUCCUCCCACUGGAUGCUACAUAUUUCCUGAUGCUCUUUUACUGCAGAAUGAAUAAUUAUGAACUGAAUUAACAUACUUGAAGAGCGGCUAAAUUGCUCAAAGACUUAGUGCUUCCGUACUGUUUCUAUUAGGGACGUUGAAAUAGUAACACAUUUUAGUUGAUUUUGUUUUUUAAUAUUUAAAAAAUAAAUACAUUUGCUGUUUUUUAAAGGCUCA